AUUUAUUUGAUCCAAUAAGAACAGUAGCUAAUGAUGGCUAAUGUUAGCUAACUUCAGCAAACCUAAGGUAACGUCAUGACUCUUCUCCACCUGUGCUACUGUAACUGUAGCUUAGCAUUUUAGCUAAACACUAUUGUUUAGUACUAAGCAUUGUCCCAUAACUGUCACUAAGUACAGUUGUAGCCUCGAAUGAAUGAAAAGGAAUUCUGUAAUAUCACGUUUACCAAUCAGUUACACAUAUAUUAAGUUAAAUCUGUCCUCUAAAUCUGCUAAAGCAAGACACCAGCAUUGUUGCUUAUCUGACUGUCCUCUACUUGUAAUUGAUUAGCCAAGGUCAGUCAAGGAAAAACAUAGCCAUGCAGUUAUAAAAAAGAAAGUUCAGUCAAGCCCACAGUGCACGGUAUUCUGCCCAGUGAAUGGAAUACUUUAUAGAGGAAGUCCAAAAAUACAUUUUGGUAAAAGACAUAUAAAAUGAUCAUCGACUGACAAGACUAACAUAAUAAAACAUAAAAAACUGCUAACAAUACAUACAUUAUUAUUAAUUACACCCAAAAAUAUUCUACAGGACAUAGACUAAUAAAGCAAGUGACAACAGUGAGCUUCUUUGUGUGCUCCAGGCCAUUAGGUAAACUAGACUUUGUUAGGUCACUCUCAAAUACAAUAAUAAAGAUUAAAAUAGUUUUAUUGUUUGGGAAACUGAUAUCACUAAACCGUCUACAUUGAAACUGUUGAAUGAAUGAAAAAGCUUGGUUAAAAAUGGCAUUAGAGUUAUUUAAAACCCCCUAUUGGGAAACAAGGGUCAAUUGUGCUGCCACAACCCCUGCAGCCGGCAGGAGAGGACGUUGGGAGCUGACCUCUGAUUGGUCAGUCAGACAGAAAAGGGCGGUCUGCAUGAAUUAGUGACAGACGCUAAAGGCAGAUAUCCUGCAGUGAUCAAACCGUGGGUGAUCUGACAGUCCAGUGUUUGAAGUGAUUAUCAUGCUAUGCAACAUAAAGGCUUACCCCCAGCUUUGGGCCUAAUUAGUUCACUUAGGGCCCUUUAUAAGACUUUGGUAGGGGACUGGGAAGUACAGACACUCACUGAGAAGUCAGCAGCUCAGCAGGAUAGCAGCAGCACAUCUGGAUUCCUAAGGUUGACUUGCUGCUACACCAAAACAAACCGAUCUGAAGAUUAUCAGCUUUUGUGAGAAUGCCACACUUAACUGACUGCAGUUACUUCACGAUGCGGGACGCAACCAGAGCUUCAAAUGUACAAAGCCACCUGGAGAACUCCAAGUUCCACCUCCACCAGAGCCAGAAUCAGCAGGUCAAGCAGUACCUGACGCUGGGCUCCAAGCUGGCCUCUUCGGUCGGGCAGGGCCACACCAUUCCGCACCCGCAUGCCCCUGGGCAGCCGCUGACCACCGUGCCGAUAAUGAGGAACGGACACAUGCCCUCUGUGAGCGACGGCAGCAACCCCAACAGCCCCGUUACCCUCCUCACUAUGGCCAAUCACGACAGCGAGUUUCCAAUGGAUGAAGUUAUCGAUGACCUAAUUAGUCUUGAAUCCGGAUUUAAUGACGGCGGCUUGGAUUGCAUGGAGUCCAACAUUAUGAUGCAAAACAAUGUGUCCCUCAGUGGCAGCAUGCUGGACAUCUACGGGGGUGAACAAGAACUUGACACGAGAGUGAUGGCCAAAGAGAGGCAGAAAAAAGACAACCACAAUCUGAUUGAAAGAAGGCGAAGAUACAACAUCAACUACAGGAUUAAGGAGCUGGGGACGCUCAUACCAAAGUCGAAUGACCCCGACAUGCGCUGGAACAAAGGCACCAUCCUGAAGGCCUCGGUGGAGUACAUAAAGUGGCUGCAGAAGGAGCAGCAGCACGCUCGCGAGGUGGAGGGCCGUCAGAAGAAGCUGGAGCAAGCCAACAGGAGACUACUGCUGAGGAUCCAGGAGCUUGAGAUCCAGGCACGAGCACAUGGCCUCCCAAACAUGACUUCAGCCUUGGGGACAGUUGAACUUACCUCCCAUCUCCACAAACAACAACAGCAGCAGCAACAACAACAGCAGCAGCAGCAGCAGCAGCAGCAGCAGCAGCCGCCCCUCUACCAUGAGGACCCCAACAGUGACUACCUCCAGAGGAUAGCCGGCGUGCCGUCCCCCAUCCCCGCUGCUGCCGGGCCGCAGGAUCACAUGCAAGGCGCCGACGGCUGCUCCACGUUCUCCGACCCGCUGUCCCACUUCACAGACUUCUUCAGCGCCACCCUCAAGGAGGAGCACCGGCUGGACGAGAUCCUGAUGGACGACCCGCUCUCGCCCUUCGGCACCGACCCGCUCCUGUCGGCCGGCUCGCCCGGAGACGCGUCCAAGGACAGCAGCCACAGGAGCAGCUUCAGCUCUGGGGAGGAUGACGACCUAUAAGGGUGGCGCUCUUCAGUGACUCUUGUUAUCUUCUCAUGACGACACUGUUGUAAUCCCCGGUGGGAAAUGGCAUACACAGAGCCUCGAAAAGACAAUGAUGACCACUCACUGGGAUGCAAGUUAUUUAAAUGACAGCUAAGAUAGCUGGCACAGCUCCUCAAAAUGCCACCUGUAUAUAAAGUGUGUAGUUCUCGUUGGUCAAGGGCGUUAGAGCUCGAUCGGCCCCAAAGCUUGCAUUCUCUUGCUCCUCCAUCAGCUCUUUUUAUUUUUAUUUUUUAUACUUUACUACGGACAGUGAAUAUGUUCCUCUGCCUCCCGGACAGAGCAGAAACAGACCCACAAGAAAAGGGAGACAUUUAUCAGCCUUUAAGUACAUAAUGUAAAUAACCAUGUCUACUUGUUUUAUAUUUGUUUUUGUAAACACUGUGGUAGUUGUAAGAUGUAAAAUAUGCAAAAUAAUCACUGGAAAACCUGCCAAGACCGUCCUUAAAAAAGAAAAGAAAAUGAAAAUACCACUGCACAUAAGGAUUAUAAACAGUUGCAGAUGUGCCUUAUCCGAACUCCCGGUUAACAUUUGACUGAUGUACUCACCUGUCUGCCUCUUUUAAGUGUUGUUAAAUAAGUGCUUGUGUAUUUAUAUAUGUUUUAAUCCAUGUAUUCCUGAAAAAUAUAUAUAUAUAUAUAUAUUAUUAUCUAA